GAAAAUCAUAUCAAACAUUUACCAGUUCAGUCUGAAGAGGAAAUCAAUCGAUUAUUGGGAAUGGCUAUGGAUAUUGACAUUAUUUAUGCACAAAUUCACGGGGAAGUAGAUCCUUAUACUAAGAAAGCAUAUUUUUAUUUGUAUGAAUUGUUAAGAAAUUGUAUCUUGUCUAUGACAAAGCCAACUGUGGGAGGCCCGUUAGAGCAACCACCCUUUGAAAGACCUAAUAUAGCGAAAGCAGUAACGAACUUUGUUUUGUAUAAAAUUAGUCAUUUGCCAUGGAGAAAAUGGCAGAUUGUGUAUGACAUGGCAAGGUUGUUUUUAUACUGCCUGAAUUUUUUGAAUUUUGAAGGAUUUAAUACCAGACGAUUAACAUUUAAUGCAGAUGAGGCUCCUGCUUAUAAAACUAAUUAUACUCGCUGGCUUGUUUUUUGUCAUGUACCUGCAUUUUGUGACUCCUUACCACAUUAUGACAUUCGUUUGAUUUUUGGGAAAACUUUAUUACAAGCUGUAUUUAGAUCACUUUGCAGAAAAUUAAUGGAUAUAUGUAAUAAUGAAAGAGAUAAACUUGCAACGGAGAGGGGAGUUUUAAUUUCAACACAUUUUCCCAAGUUUUUGUCAUCGUUAGAAGUAGAAAUUUAUUCUGACAAUUCUCCCAUUUGGGAUCCUGAAUUUAAACAAAUUCCACCUUCUCCUUUGCAAACGCCCGGGAAUCAAAAGCUCAACAAGAUAUUCAUCCAGGCUUAACAUGCUUCAAAGAUGGUGUAAAAAGUAUUCCUGUCGAAUCCAUUCCAGGAAUUCGUGAAACCGGUUC